GGUGUUCCUACAUGUGGAGGUGAAUUUGUGUCAACUUCACCUGUUUUACGCUGUUAGUUUGAUAGUCAGUAGUCUGGUCGAGUGUUACUCCUGUCAACCUGUCGACUUUGAUGGACACGGUGUAAGUUUCUGUACGUCUCUGGAUUAUACGAAGAUUUUUGUGAGCCAUAUUAAUACUUAACAGAUUGAAAGUUACUGACAAGAGUUUAAAGUGUGUGACUGUAUAUACUAUAUAAUAAGUCAUUAAAAUACCAAUCAAUAUAUAGACCAAACCAUAAUCACACAAAACAUUGAUUAUUAGAACCCGAGUCGGUAUGAAACGGUGCAGUUUGCGUGGAGACAAAACAAACACAUGCAAAUAAUAACCCAGGAAUAACACCAUAAUUCUACAUAGUUUGCUUCAAAGCAGGUUAGAAAUCGAUAAACAGAGAACAAGGGUUAGAAACUGAUACUGUUUGAUAGGAGUUUUGUUUACCGUAUAUCCUAACCCAUAAUUUAAUAUUAAUUCAUAUCUCCGAGACAAAUUGUCCGGAGUUUGUGCAUUCCAAGAUGUCGGACACAGCUUCCAUGUCGUCUGCUAAUGAGUCUUCGCCGGAUGACAUCGUUGUUGUUGACGACGAGUUAACGAUGCCCAGUGAAUCGGAUAUCCAGGACGUUUUAAACAGCUUUAGCACCUCUGUGACUUUAGAUCCAGAUUUAGACAUUUCACCGACAGAUGAUUUGAGUUUAAAUUCGAGUUGUGUUGAUAAGGAUUCGGACUCCCUCGGUGCUAGUUCUAACGGUGCAAGUGGAGGGGUACCAGAAAUCGAGGAAGACCUAACGACACCCACAAAUAAAUCAUCAGAAACAAACGGAACAUCGGAAGCCUUUUAUUUUGGAACCGAUCAAAUUACACCUCAACCCAGCGAGGAAGGAAAGGAUGGCACCAAAAGGAAGCUUAGCAGAAAAGGUUCGAAAGAUUCUAGUCAAAAAGAAGUGAAAAAGUCGCGAUCGCCAUUGGAGAUGCUGAAAAAGUUGACAAAAUUUAGCAAACCGAAAAAACAAUAUCCGUCUGAAUUCUCACAAGUCCGAAUUGAUCGACUACCUCAGGUUUUUGUUGUGAAGUAUCUGGGAAAAAGAGAAAUAAAAGGACUUUACGGUUUGCAUCACGUGCGGAAACCCGUGGAUGAACUAAUGUCCAAAUUGAAAAAGUCACUGGAGGCCAAGGAGAAAGUAGAACUUCCACUUGUCUAUGUGGUGGUGUCGCCUAAAGGAAUUGAUAUUCGGGAACAUAAGUUAAAUAAAGUCGAAGAUGUUGCUCCGUACGGCAAUGUUGCCAUCGAUUUCAUCUCGUACGGUGUACAGGACAUAAAAUACUGGAGAAUAUUUGUAUACAUUGUCGUAAAUGAGCUCUCCUCUAGAACGAAACAAACCGAACUCCACGCGGUGCUCUGUGAUUCCGCACUUAAUGCUCGCAGGAUGGCAUUGUCAUUGGGUGGCGCUUUCAAACUGUACUCCAAAAAUUUGUCAACCGAAGGCAAGGCACACAACUUCCAAGUGGAGUUACGUCCCCCAGAUGAGCUUGCCGAAGCCUAUGUCAAGGAAUGUGAUGCUUGAAUUGUUUAAGUUUACUCGAUGACUUUAUAUAAACAUAUAUACAAUAUAUCAUAAUGUAUAGCGAAUUAUGUAAAUGACUUCCAUAUAUGACAUUGUUCAGUGGCGGCGAUCAAAAUGAGGAACCUAAUACGGGACUAAUGCUUGAUAUUGCAUUCGAAUAACAUCGUUAUGGAUCACAUUAUAGAGCUGUUGGCCAUGGUAUUCUCCGUUUGUGCAGCAUUAUAAAAUACGGAAGUGAAAACAAACAACCAGAUAAGUGUGACAAGAAGGUUCGCGUACAUCAAAAGUCACAGGACAAGUAUAACUUCAAUAUGGCGACGAUUACACACAAGAUUACUAUCGAGAUAGUGAAAUAAUGUUCGAUAUUGAUUUGUGAUUUAUUGCAGCGAUAUGGAUUUAUGGAAAUGAAAUGAAAUGAAAUGGGGUUUAACGUCCUACUGUUCUGCUCCUAUACUGGGCUAAUGAAGACGGGCAUACGCCAUACAGUGUGCUAUGAGGGAAAUUUUGCCCGGGCAGCGGCACUAUCGCCUACUCUUAUAUCGAAUUCCAACUGCCAAGGGAUCUUUUACGUGCAUUCCAAUGUUUACACGGGACCACGGUUUUUCGUCUCAUCCGAAGGACUAGACAACUUUCCUUGUCAGCCCCUCUGUCCUGCAUCAACGGAUUUAUGGUGAUUUUAGUAUCGGAUUGAUAUUAAUAAUAUGUUAUUUUAUCAAAACUUAUACUCCUAUAGAUAAAUGCAAUCUAGAUAGGUUAAUAUUAUAAGUCUUGGUUUAUACUGAUAUAGGUCAGGAGAAUUCAAUGCCAUCCAGUGUAAAUGCUAACCAUGCUAAGUUAUCAGGACAUUAUUUGUACCACGAACUUUAUCUAAAACAGUCUUUUAUCGACAGACGAUUGUAGCUAGUUCUGCCAAUCACAGCACUCGUUACUGAUCGAGACUAUUGACCCAACUUUUAUUGGUAUUCGAUAACUGGUGUUUAACCCAGUGUCCACCAGCUAAUUUCAUUAAGAAAUUAAGUAUAAUGUUAUAAUACUCUGACAUUGUUAAGCUGGUUACCUAUACAGCAAUAAUGUUAUCGCAACCACUUUCAACCUUAAACCACAUGGUAUUACAUAUCCUUUUUAAAUUGUCGUGCUCUAGCAAAAAAUAUAUUAAAGAAAUCGGGCUAUAAUUUAAAAAAAAUCAAUCUGCUUUUAUUUAGCUAUUUAAUUCACUCUUUGUGUCCUAACCAGGUGACUUAACCCCAAGCAUUAUUGAUUAAGAGACAAUUAUCUUUCCUAAGAUGUCCCUUUAAAUUAUCAAGAAUAAUAUCAGGCCAUUUUAACGCGCCGGCAAUAAAUACUUGCAUUUAUUUGUUCCUUAAGAAGAAUUUUACAAACAUAAAUUCACUUGACCCGUGUUAUACUGUGAUGAAUAGAGUGACAAUGAAAACGUUUUUGUGUGGUUACCGGGCCAUCCAAAACUUAAGCAAAUGUUGACAUUGUUUUGAAGUGAACCAGAAGCCUCCAACAGAAGUAAAUACUAAUGUAUGUGUUAAAUUAAACUCCAUAGGACAAAUACAAUUUAAUGACAGUCUUAUGUUCCAUUUAUAGACCAAAUACAAACCAAGUUAACCUUUAUACACAUGGUACCUCAAAUGUCAGAACCGGGACAGUUAAAGUCUGGACAAAAUAAAAUAUACGUUUACAAAAUAACCACAAAGUUCAUUCGCAGACAUUCGAAAUUGUCGGAAGAGAUGAUUUGGUAAUUCCGUGAUGAAGUCAAUACGGAAAUUUUGCCCGAACAGCGGCGCUACGGCCUUCUCUUAUAUGGCAAGGGGUCUUUCACGUGCACGCCAAUGUGUGCAUGAGACCUCGGUUUUUCGUCCCAUCCGAACGACUAGAGUGAUGUCCUUGUGAGGACCUCUGUCCUGCACCAAUGACAGUGGGGAAACCACGCCGGAAAAUUCCAAUGAACUUUCUCGGCCAACGCCGCAAUAACAUUAAAAAUACCCCAAAUAUUCUUUUAAAAAGUUUUAACAACAGCAACAGAUACUUGCACUAUCCGGUUAACAUAUAUUUAUCCGCCUUAUGUAAUGUGUCAAAAUUUGUCUACUGUGGGCCAAAGUUUACAUAAACUGACAAAUAUAUCACCUCUUACAUAUGAUCGAUUAAUUAAAGUUUUAACAAGGGAGGUUAUCGAUUUUCAAAAAAUAUAAUGAAACCUAAUUAAACCUCCCAGACACACAUCACAUUUUACGAAGGUGUUCUUAUUAAGUGUAUUGGAUAUAUUUACGAGAAAUUGUUAUGCCUUAAAGUAAUAUCAAAUAAACAUAAUAAUUAUAAUGUCUAAUAUAUGCAGUUGUAUAAGUAUGAAUAAAAUGUAUUACAAAUAA